UUUAUCUAUUUUCUUUGCUUGUUAUAAAAAUGCCAUAGAUAUAGACAUUCAAUAUAAAAAAUUUGUAGUAGCUUUUGAAACAAAGACAAAAAUUAUCAAAACAGGUAAAGUUUUACUUAGAAAGAAGCACAUAAAAAUUUUUUUGGAUCUUCAGUAAUGUCACGCUAUUUUCGUCAUAGUCUUGGCCGUUUGCGCAGUGCGGUUUCCAAGCGAAACAUAUUUAGCGAUGCUCAGCAAAUAUUCAUUGGUGGCGGUCUCGAAAAAUUUCAAGGUGGUAUAAAGGAGGAAAAAUAUUUUUUAAGCCAGAAUAAUGAACUCAUAUUGAAAAUGCGUGAACAAGGCGCGAAACUGAAGUGCGAGAAGUCUCACCAAAGGGAGUCAGAGUUAUCAGAAGCUACGGAAAAGAAAUCUUCUGAUUAUUUAGCGCUUAAAGAGACCUGUUCGCCUAACAAGCAUAAAAAUUUUCAAGAAGAAGCAUUCUUUCUCCAUGAACAAACUGAAUGCACAAAGCGCAUAUUACAUCAAAUGGAAAAUGAAGACCGUGAAAAUACAAAACAGCAAACAGAAGAAAACGAAAAAGAAGCCAAAUCAGGUUGA